CCCUUGCAAUGAGCGAACUUGUCAUCCGGUGCGACGGGCAGCAUCUCCAGGACCGAGCUGGACAUGCGGAGCUCCGCUAAGAGACACCCUGUCAGCACCCUCCUCCUCCUCCUCUUCUUCUCUCCCUUCAUCCCCUCUGGAGGUGGUGCAAAUGCAGAGGAGCGCUUGAUGAACUACCUCCUGAAAGGCGAGCGCUACAAUAAGCUCAUCCGCCCGGCCAUGAACAGGACAGAGCGCGUCACAGUCAAGAUCCUGGUGUCCUUGGCUCAGCUCAUUAGCGUGAAUGAAAGGGAGCAGAUUAUGACCACCAACGUGUGGCUGACACAGAACUGGGUUGAUUACAGACUGUCGUGGGAUCCUUCUGCAUAUGACGGAAUUGACAAGAUUAGGAUCCCGUCCCGCCACGUGUGGCUUCCCGAUAUAGUGCUGUACAACAAUGCCGAUGGUACAUAUGAGGUCACUGUCUUCACCAAUGUAAUAGUCCACUUCAAUGGAAGCAUCUCCUGGCUCCCUCCUGUCAUCUACAAAAGCGCUUGCAAGAUUGAGGUGAAGCAUUUCCCCUUCGACCAGCAGAACUGCACCCUCAAGUUCCGCUCUUGGACCUACGACUACACAGAGAUCGAUCUGGUGCUCAAGAGCAAAGUGGCCAGCAUGGAUGACUUCACACCCAGUGGGGAGUGGGACAUCCUGGCUCUCCCGGGCAGGAGGACAGUCAACCCGGCAGAUCCCACCUACGUUGAUGUCACAUAUGACUUCAUGAUCAAGAGGAAGCCCCUCUUCUACACCAUCAACCUGAUUAUACCCUGUGUGCUCAUUACAUCAUUGGCCAUCUUGGUCUUCUACCUGCCUUCUGACUGCGGAGAGAAGAUGACCCUCUGCAUCUCCGUACUGCUUGCACUCACUGUCUUUCUGCUGCUCAUCUCCAAGAUUGUACCUCCCACUUCUCUGGACGUCCCAUUGAUUGGCAAAUAUCUCAUGUUCACCAUGGUGCUGGUGACCUUCUCCAUCAUCACCAGUGUAUGCGUGCUCAAUGUGCAUCACCGCUCACCCAGCACCCACACCAUGCCUGUCUGGGUCAGGGUCCUCUUCCUGGACAAACUCCCAACCUUGCUUUUCAUGAAGCGUCCAGAGGACCACUCAGCCCGGCAGAGGCUUCGGCAGCAGAGGCGGCUGCAAGCUCAGAGGAUGGCGCCGGCAGUAGGCUAUCAGGGAACACCACCAGCCACCAUCUCCUCCUCCACCCCUGUCCUCCUCCACUCCACCUGCCCAGGAGAGUUCUCCAGUGGAGCUCCGAUGGGGAGGAAAGGCAACCUGCAGCCCAUUGAGCUCCUGACCAAUCGGUUUGGCUCGGCUAAUGACUUGCUCCAGCAAGGCAACGUAGACUGGGGGCCCGACCUGCAGGACGCCGUGGAGGGUGUCUGCUUUGUUGCUGAUCACAUGAUGGGCGCUGACAUUGACCAGAGUGUGAUUGAGGACUGGAAGUACGUGGCCAUGGUGGUGGACCGGAUGUUCCUGUGGAUCUUCGUAAUAGUUUGCGUGGUGGGCACCAUGGGUCUCUUCCUCCAGCCGCUCUUCCAGAGUCAGAGUCUUCCUGUCCAGCAGUCCAACACAGACUCUCCCAGAAUAGACCCUUUUUAAUCCGAGGGAACGUGGCCGGUGCUGCAUUCUUCGGGCAGGAAGCCAGCAGCGCAGAGCAUGUGACUGCACUUGGAAAAUAAGAAAGACGCCGUUGAAGUGCACGUGAUGAAUGAGAUUGCAGAGUGAAGGAUGGGUAACAGAUUUGGCAGAAGAAUUGCUAUGUUAUUGAAAUUGCAACUCAGAAAGCCUGUGUGUGAAUGGUUUCCAAAGAAUUGUUGGAUCAAAGUGUUACCAAAUCCUCCAUCCUGCACUCAGUUACACUGACCCUAUUGAUUUUGGGUGCAGAGAUGUUUAUUGACCAACUUACUUUGACCCAAACAGACGGCCGUAAAUUUUAACUUUGUCAGAUUUAAAAUUUUAAGAAAAUUUUAACGUCCUGAACUGUAGUAUUUAAAUACAGGAUUGUAUGUGAUAAAAU